CAUGGUAAUACAAUUCCUGCCAAUGCACCAUUGCUGAUCAUACCAGCUUUCUUCUUCAAACCAUCUCUCUCUCUCUCUCUCUCUCUCUCUCGGGCGUGUCAACCAAAGUUCCUCGCUAGGUUUCUCAGUCCUUCUCCUUGAGGAAGGAUACGACGAUGAUAGGCCCUCAUUCUCUUUGAUCAAGCCUCAAUCUUUCUCAAAACCAUUUCAAGCGGACCUGCAAAAAUCCUUCCCACCACCUUCAAGUUUCACCAUAUGGGUUCUACUGCUACAAGCAUUGUCGGUGUCAGAAUUUUGGUGCUUCUGCUGCUUGCUUUCUUCGCCGCCCGGAUUUCCAUCACUCAGGCGGCCACUAACGGCGGCGACUUGAGUGUUCUGAACUCGCUCAAGGACGUCUGGACAAAUACUCCUCCCAAUUGGGUUGGUGGUGACCCUUGUGGAGACAAUUGGGACGGCAUUGGCUGUAAUGGCAAUCGUGUGACCUCCAUGUAAGUUGUCAAAUUUGAUGGUAUUCUAUCUUUCUGCAGAUAACUGGGUUUUUUUCUUUCUUUCUUCCUGCUAUCUUCAAUCGAUGAAUUUGACCGAAAACCUGAAAACUGCAGAACAUUGUCGAGCACUGGAUUGUCAGGUCAACUGUCUGGAGACAUUGCUUCCUUGUCGGAAUUGCAGAUCCUGUAUGUCUUCGUUUACUCUGCUUCCCAAUCAGAAUCCUGAAUUCAAUAAUUGACCCGUUUGGAACAACGAUACAGGGAUCUUUCAUACAGCAAAGGGUUGAGAGGGAAUCUGCCGCAAUCCAUUGGGAACUUGAGGAAGCUAACCAACCUGAUCCUGGUUGGUUGCGGGUUCUCUGGUCCUAUCCCAGAGUCUAUAGGAUCACUUUCUCGGAUCAACACUUUAUCCCUGAACUCGAAUGGCUUCACCGGAACAAUUCCACCUUCAAUCGGCAACCUUGUUAACCUGUAUUGGCUCGAUCUGGCCGACAACCAGCUCGAAGGAAACAUCCCAAUCUCAGAUGGAGACACACCUGGCCUUGAUCUCUUAGUCAACACUAAGCACUUUCAUUUCGGAAAGAACCAGCUGACAGGCUCCAUCCCGACUAAACUUUUCAACUCCAGCAUGACUCUCCUACACGUGUAAGUUAAUCAGGCUCAUCACUAAAUGGUUUCAGGGUUCUACCCAAUCAACAGAAUAGCUAACUUUCGUUUUUCAUCCGGGAGAGCAGUCUAUUUGACGGUAACAAGCUCACGGGCAACAUUCCCCCAACUCUUGGACAAGUGAGCUCAUUGGAGGUUUUGUAAGUUAUCCCAUCUUCACUCUUAUUCAACUCAUGAUCAAUCAACCACUCCACAUUGGCAUUCUGAACAUAAAUCAUUAAUAACCCUCUCUUUUACGUACCUUCUGAUUGCAGACGGUUGGAUAGGAACGCGUUAACUGGAACUGUCCCUCGCAGCUUCAACAAUCUAGCUAGUCUCACUGAAUUGUGAGUACACUGAAUGGUCCCCAACUGAAACAAAAAGGUAGUAUGUUGCCUCAUCCUGUUGACAAGAUGUUACCUUUAUUUACUUAUGCAGGAGUUUAUCCAACAAUAAUCUGAAUGGUCCUUUUCCAAACCUUACUGGCACGGGAGUCAUUACCACUCUGGAUCUGAGCAACAAUAGCUUCAGUUCCUCGAAUUUUCCUUCAUGGCUAUCAUCCAUGGAGUCCUUGACUACACUAGCUGCUUGUUCUAGCUUCCUCAUCUCAUAUAUGCCUCCUAAUGAUGUUUACCUUACCUUGCCAACGGGCAGAAACUUGGCGAGGAACGAUUUGAAUGGCACUCUAGAUAUUGGACCGAGUCACAGCAGCCAACUCCAACUAGUUGAUAUGCAAUCCAACUUCAUCUCCAACUACAGACAAAGACCAGGCGCCAAUGAAGUUGCAAUAGUAUUGUUGAGGAACCCAGUUUGCGAUGAAACCCCAAAUGGACCAACGCCGAGCUACUGCAUCCCCCCAGACCGAAGCUCCAAAUACACUACUCCUCCAAACAACUGCGUGCCAGGAAGUUGUCCAUCCAACAAAACCGCCAGCCCCAACUGCGCAUGCGCAUUCGCAUACACGGGACUGCUUGUAUUCAGGGCGCCUUCCUUCUCCGACUUGGGCAACGCCACCAUCUUCACCGCUCUCCAGAAGUCGCUAAUGGAUAGUUUCAGGUCCAACCAGCUCCCUGUGGACGCCGUUCAGCUCAGCAACCCUAGAAAGGAUUCUUCCGAGUACCUAGACAUUGACCUCAAGGUGUUCCCCUAUGGUCAAGAUUACUUCAAUCGGAGUGGAGUUUCCCGAAUUGCGUUUGCUCUGAGUAACCAGACCUUCAAGCCCCCGGGGAUGUUUGGGCCCUUCUUCUUCCUCGGCGAUGAGUACACACAUUUUGAUGAAGGAGGAUCUGGAUCGAAGAAAUCAGCGAGCACUGGGCUAAUAAUUGGAGCUGCAGUUGGUGGGACUGUGCUGGUUCUUCUAGUGAUCCUGGCUGCUGUCUAUGCAUAUGGGCAGAAGAAGAAAGCACGGAAAGCAGCCGAACAGAGCCACCCUUUUGCCCACUGGGACGCGACUGAGAACACAGGCGGGUUCCCGCAGCUGAAGGGAGCGCGAUGCUUCUCCUUCGACGAGCUCAAGAAGUACACCAACAGCUUCUCAGACGCCAAUGCCAUCGGUUCCGGUGGCUACGGGAAGGUGUACAGAGGGGUGCUGCCCACGGGUCAGUUGCUGGCCAUAAAGCGGGCGCAGAGGGAAUCGAUGCAAGGAGGGCUGGAGUUCAAGACGGAGAUCGAGCUGCUGUCGAGAGUUCAUCACAAGAACGUGGUGAGCCUUGUUGGGUUUUGCUUUGAACAAGGUGAACAGAUGCUCAUCUACGAGUAUGUUCCUAAUGGCACUCUCAGUGACGCUCUCUCAGGCAAAUCGGGGAUCUCAAUGGAAUGGACUCGAAGGCUGAAAGUGGCAAUCGGUGCAGCUAGAGGUCUAGCCUAUCUCCACGAGCUCGCCGAUCCACCCAUCAUUCACAGAGACAUCAAAUCCGCAAACAUUUUACUUGAUGACCGCUUGAUUGCUAAAGUGGCAGACUUUGGCCUCUCCAAACCUAUGAGUGACAGUGAAAAGGACCACAUUACUACUCAAGUCAAAGGAACCAUGGGGUAUCUGGAUCCUGAAUACUACAUGACACAGCAGCUCACAGAAAAGAGCGAUGUUUACAGCUUUGGAGUCGUAUUGCUGGAGAUAGUAACGGGGAGGCGACCCAUUGAAAGGGGGAAGUACAUUGUGAGGGAGAUUAAAAUGGCAAUGGACAAGACGAAGAGCUUGUACAACUUGCAAACCGUGAUCGAUCCUGCUAUCUGCAACGAGUCAUUGAAAGGCCUCAACAAGUUCGUCGACCUGGCCUUGUCGUGUGUGCACGAAUCAGGAGCAGAACGGCCUUCCAUGGGUGAUGUGGUGAAGGAGAUCGAGCUCAUACUGCAGCAGGCCGGGUUGAACCCCAAUGCAGACUCCGUCAAUACUUCAGGGUUUUAUGAGGAGGCAGAGAAAGGAAGCCCUCAACAUCCUUAUAGCAAAGAGUCGUUUGAGUAUAGCGGGGCUUUCCCACCUUCCAAGGUAGAACCCCAAUAAGAAUAACAACUUUACUGUUAUCCUCUGGUUAACAAAGAAUGGGAUGGUAAUUGAUGAUUCAUUGAUGUGUAGUAGCUACAAUGUUCGUUGUGCUAGCUUUGCUGAUAUUGAGCAUAGCACCAAAACUGUAAUCGAGCCUUUGAGCAACUAGAAGAUUGCUCCUCCUUUUUUGGAAACUUUUGUAGAUAUCACAGAGGAGGGUCUUGUGGGUUUCGUGAUUUGAUUAAUUGGUUUUCGUUUUAAUAAGCAGGAUUUGGUUUCAUCAAAGUCUAAUGUUGCUUCUUGUGAUCAUUUAAUU